GGCUUUAGGACCCGGAAGCAGCGAGCGUGCUGUCGUAAUGAACGGAGCGACGUACAACACGUACAUAAAGACAUUAGAUGAUGGCGCAGACAGGCUUUGGGCGAAGAUACUUCAAAGCUUUUGUUAGUGGCUUCUUUGUAGCUGUCCCCGUGACAGUGACUGUUUUAGAUCGUCUUGCCUAUGUGGCACGCGUGGAAGGUGCCUCGAUGCAGCCGUCCUUAAACCCAGAUGGAGAGUCGUCACCUGAUGUUGUGCUGCUCAACCGCUGGAGCGUGAGGAACUACCAAGUACACCGAGGGGACAUUGUGUCAGUUCUGAGCCCGAAGGACCCUCAGCAGAAGAUCAUCAAACGGGUCAUUGGGAUCGAGGGGGACUUCAUCAAAACGCUGGGGUACAAAAACCGUUAUGUAAGAGUUCCAGAUGGACAUCUGUGGAUCGAGGGCGACCAUCACGGACACAGUUUCGACAGCAACACAUUUGGACCGGUUUCUCUGGGUCUUGUUCAUGGUCGGGCGUCUCACAUCAUCUGGCCGCCCAGUCGGUGGCAGCGGAUCGAGCCGUCUGUCCCUCUAGAACGAAGACCGCUGUUAAACUGGGAUGGAGCAACAGAGGACGGUGAUGACUGAAAUGAAAGACAGUUGUACAACCAUUUUAACUCUCAUGUACAGUACAUGUAAAUCAUGUGUUAUGGACUUUAGAAAUGUUCUUGUUGAAUCCUUGUUGGUCAAAUCAGAGCCCAAGAAACACUUUCUGUUCUUAGCCACAGUUAAAGCCAUUAUUAUCAGUUGUACAUAUUCUUGACCCCUUUGUCAGGUUGAUGUCAAUGCAUUGGUCAUGACUCUGUCAUACUCUUUUUAGUUUUUAUUAAUAAAUCACAUAGUCAUACAGU